CUACACGUACAGACUAUGCAUCACAAAGCACAGGACCAGCACAUACAAGGAACAGUGUAGAAGGGUGUGGAUAAAACACCUGACAGAAGUCACAGCUUUUGGGUGAAAACUGAUGGAGAAAGACCUCCAACAACACCAAGAAAUUGCUUGUAAACUGUAUACAAUCGGAAAGAUCGUAAAAUCAAAGAUGGCUGCCAGUAUCACAGUCCAUUCAGUGCUUGAUAAGAUCAGUAAGGAUCAUCUAGAAUGUCCAAUAUGCACCAAUCGCUUCAUCAAUCCAACAAUGCUAGACUGUCUACACAGCUUCUGCUUCACAUGCCUCAAGGAGCUUCACCAACAAGAUCCUAACAACUCCAUCCUACUGUGUCCUCUGUGCAGAAAGAAAACAACACUAGAAGACAACAAGGUUGAAAGUCUACCUAAGGACUUUAAACUCAAUGCCCUGGUGGAUGAGUUUACUGUUCAGGAGCAACUCAUGGAGGGUCAUGGGUCAGAGGUCAAAUGUCAAGCCUGUGAAAGGGAUCAUAUGGCUGUUUCCAGAUGUAUUGACUGUGACAAUUUUAUUUGUCAAGAAUGUCAACAGGCACAUCAGCAUUUUGCUAUUUUGAAAUCACAUCAAAUCUAUGCACUUGCUCAACUGCAAUCAGGUGUAGUAACCUAUCGCAGUAAGAUCAGGGAGUACAUUCCAAAGUGUGGCAAGCACAGUGAUCAGACUCUGAACAUCUACUGCAACACAUGCCAGAAGUUAGAAUGCACAACAUGUACUGUUCUUGAUCAUGGAAAUCCAAAGCAUGACCUUAUUGGCAUACCUGAGGCUUUAGACAAAUGCAAACAGGAAGUCGCAGAGCUGGUUGCAAAAGCUGAGAAGUGCAAGGUGGAUAUUCAAACUGCCAUGGAACAAGCCAGUGAGUCUCGCAAGAAACUGGAAUCUUCAUAUGCUGAAACCAAUAUGAAAAUCUCCCAGAAGGCUGCCAAGGAGAGAGCAAAGAUCACUGAAGAGGAAAAUCAGCUGAAGCAAGAGGCAGAGAGUGUUUACAAAGACAGAGUCCAGACAUUUGAAACUGUAGAGGCAACCAACACAAAAGAAGUGACCCAGGUAGAGCACAAGCUGGGUGAAGUGAAUCAGUUCAUGACCCAAGCAAGCUCUCAUGAGAUUCUGGAUUUCAAGCUGAAACUUAUAAACAAUCUUGAGGAACUGACUAAGAAUCAAGGUGAGAUUGUGUCUGACAGGUUUUCCUUUCUUGAGUUUGAAGAAGGUGAAAGGUCAGUGGGAAGACUGGUGCUGGAAGAUAAGCAACAAGCUAAAGCAGAGGCUCAGGCCAAGGAACAUGAAACAAUCCAUACAAAACAGGAGUGGAAACUGAAGGAAAGUGUUUUUAAGUGGGCGAAUUCGGUUGCAGCUUUCUCCGACAAUGAAUUAGUAGUACAAGAUACAACACACAAUUCAUUGUUUGCAUUAAAACCUCAAUUAGCAGCAGACAAAUCACAAUCUGCUCACUGCCCACAAAGAUUAAAAGUCACAGGACUUACUAAACCAACAGCACUCACUGUGGACAAUAAUGAUCACCUGUAUGUGAUUGAAGAUCUAGAAGUCAAGGUUUUUAACAGGAAAUAUAUGCUCCAUCAUCAGUUCCAGCUAAGUGAGAGAAUGCUCUCCCCAUCAUGCCUUGCAGUGGAUGAAAACAAUCUCAUAGCAGUGGGUUAUUUACCAGGGCUAAUCUCACUCUACAACCCUGAUGGAUCACUCAUCAGAACAUUCUCUACUCCAGUACAGGUAGACUAUUUGACUUUAUACAAGGAGAGGAUUAUCUACAGCAGUAGAUAUGAUACACAUUUACACUCAGUUGAAUAUAAGGGUGUAAAGGUGUUCUCAGUAGAUACUGAUCAGUCUGAAAAAUCCUAUGGUUUGUGCUGUGAUAAAGAUGGAAGUAUCUUUGUUGCUCAAUAUAAUGGGACAACAGAAAACAAUAGAAUAUGUCAGUACAGUCCUGAUGGCAAGUACAUUGGAUGUGUCAUUGAGGAUUGUGGUAAUGCCUAUGACAUCACAUUCACACCAUCUGGCAACCUUGUAGUAGCAGCAUACACAUCAGUAAAAAUCUACCAAGUUGUUUCCCCAGUAUAGUAAGACCUCACCUUGUAACAUGCUAAAGUGAACGAACCAAAACAACUAAAACAAUAAUAUCAUAGCAAGCACAUUACCCUAGUUCAUGUACAUUGUACCUUUGGUUUUGCUGGAAGUAACGGUUUGAAUACCUUGUAUUUGAUUUAUUAAAGAAUCUGGACAAUUAAUUUCCUAAUCCUGAAUACAACCUUGAAGAGCAUCCACAAUCUCAGAUGUCUGAAGCCAAAGGCAAAGGAGGCAAUAUGGCUCUAUGUACAUAAACGUUGUUUCAGAACAAAAAUGGUGUAAAUCUCCUAAAUUACUGUUUACGUGAAAUGCUUGUGAAGAUAUUUUUUUAAAAAAUCAAUGGAGGUUGAAGGAACACGUUGCCUUGGA